AUGGGAUGCAACUAUAGUUCUGAUUAUGAUGAUGACUGGAUAGAGAACCUAGACGAAGUGUGUGACCACUGCAAUUGCCCGAUUCCCCCCCAGUGGGCUAAACUGGUGAGUGUGUGUAGGCGGCGGCAUAGCGUCUGGACGUUGCUGGGGAAGUGGAGUGGAAUGUGAGGAAGAGGGUGUAAUAUUUUUACAUGGUCUCACACAAAAACAUCUCCAAUAUGGAUUUAAUUGAGGUUUCAAUGAAUAUAACUUAUGCAACCAUGGUCUACCUGAAAGGGUGUUGUGCAUGUCAGUGCUUGGGAAUUGGAAAUGUACAUAAUUUGGGGGGAAGUUGGCUUUUGUGUGUGCAAUUCAUUUCACUUCCUUCCUCCCUCUGAAUUACUGGAGAUAUAUUGGUACAGUGCCUUCAGAAUGUAUUCACACCCCUUGCCCUUUUCCACAUUUUGUUGUGUUACAGCCCAAAUUAAAAAUAGAUAAAAUUGAGAUUUUUUUGGUAAUACUGCAAAGAAUGUGGCAAAGCAAUUCACUUUUUGUCCUGAAUACAAAGUGUUAUGUUUGGGGCAAAUCCAAUAAUACACAUUACUGAGUACCACUCUCCAUAUUUUCAAGCAUAGUGGUGGCUGCAUCAUGUUAAAGGUAUGCUUGUAAUCGUUAAGUACUGGGGAGUUUUUCAGGAUAAGCACAGGCAAAAUCCUUGAGGGAAACCUGGUUCAGUAUGCUUUCCUCCAGGCACUGAGAGAUUAAUUCACCGUUCAGCAGGAAAAUAACCUAAAACACAAGGACAAAUCUACACUGGAGUUGCUUACCAAGAAGACAGUGAAUAUUCCUGAGUGGCCGAGUUACAGUUUUGACUAAAAUCUGUUUGAAAAUCUAUGGCAAGACCUGAAAAUGGUUGUCUAGCAAUGAUGAACAACCAAUUUGACAGACCAUGAAGAAUUUUUUAAAGAAUAAUGGGCAAAUGUUGCACAAUCCAGGUGUGGAAAGGUCUUAGAGAGAUGCCCAGAAAGACUUACAGCUGUAAUCACUGCCAAAGGUGAUUCUAACAUGUAUUGACUCAGGGGGUUGAAUACUUAUCUAAUCAAUAUAUAUUACUGUUAUACUUUUCAUUAAUUCUUUACAAAUGUUCACAUUUUUCUUCCACUUUCACAUUACAGAGUAUUUUGUGUAGAUCGUUGACAAAAAAACUGACAAUUAAAUCAAUUUUAAUCCCACUUUGUAACACAACAAAACGUGGAAAAAGUCAAGCGGUGUGAAUACUUUCUGAAGGCACUGUAGAUUACAAAUACAGGAGAAUAGCACAUGUGAAUGCCAUGUUGUUGUGGGCCAAUUUGUUGGCACAAAGUAAACAUUACAUUAAACCUGUUAAAUUAAAUUAAAUCUUAAUCUGGUUAUGACGAAUCUGGAUUUUACCAUAAAUCAAAUUUCCCAUCAUGAUAGUGUAAACCCCCCAGAUUUUUCUGUUUACUGUUCUCAUGCAAAUAACAACUUCAACUUCCAUAUUGUUUGUACACUGAAUGACAACCUUUGAAUUCUUAAGUGGAAACCUAGGUUAUUUUACUGAACCUUAACCUGCUUUGCUCUCAUCAGUACACAGAUCAACUGAUCCCCUACCCCUCUCAUCUCACGCCUCCCUCUUCCCCUCUACCAGGUACGUUCUUAUACAUUAAUAUGUGGGUAAAUAUGUGCCUUCUUCUUGUGGGUCAAAUCUGAUCAUUACUGUUUAUCCUUUCCUAACCCAUGCUGGUUUUGUGUUGUGCAGAUAGCCUGGUGGUUGCCAUAUACAGCUAUGAACCAAACCACAGUGAUGACCUGGGAUUUGAGAAGGGGGAUAAGUUGAAGAUCCUCAAUAAGUAAGAAUAGGGGAGGAUGUGUGAUGAUGCCAUUUACUUUUUAGAGGAUGUGGUAUAUUUGUGUAGUUGUGCAAAGGUGUGUAGUUGUUUGACGGAGCAUGACACAUUGCCAGGGCUUGGAAAGUAGGAUAUAGUGAGAUAGUGUGUGUUAGUUAGAACAGCUAUACUGCAUGUAAGUGUUGUUGUUGUGUGUGUUGUCUAGGGAUGACCCGGAGUGGUUCAUGGCAGAGUCGCUCAUCACAGGCCAGAAGGGCUUCAUCCCAUACAACUUUGUGGCCCCCCUGAACUCCAUGGAGAUGGAG